GACUUUCCAUACAAAGUAAGCGCACAGGCGUGUUCCUUUCGAAAUAAGCUUUCGGUCGUGGGGGGGACCGCGAUCCCCGACCUGCGACGGGGACGUGACGGGACUUGUAUCAAGCCUCGGGUGGCGGGUGAGAUAUUACAGGAGCUUGACGUAGCUUUUACGAGGUAGCUCAAAAGCUUGAUAAAGCUCCUUUAAUUUAAAUAACGGAGAUGAAGGAAACCCAGAAGAGGUUUCGAUGGUUUAUUUUGGCAUCAAUAAGGAGGGAGGUAUUCCAGCUGUUGAGGACAAACAACAUUUUGAUACUGAAACCGAAUUAGGAAGUAUGGAUCGUGGGCUGAAAGCUAGUGAGGAGGGGCAGUACCUUGAUGACGGUUGGGGAAUGGAGAGGGUACAAGAGAAAUGGCAUUUCGAAAACACGACGAAGAACAAGGUCUCUCUCAUCGAUAUCCUCUCAUUCCUGGGAGUCUGCAUCGCGGCUGUAGGAUGUAUCGUCUUAUCCUACUCCAUAUUCUUUGCGCCUCAAAGGAACAUCGUACCAGUACAGAGCGAAGAAAAAGUCCUAGACUUGCAUUCGCAUGUCUCUGUGGGCCUGUAUCCCCGAGAACCUCAAGGUCCGGCAUUGAGUAACAGGCGAUUGUCGCGUGGUGCAGGACCGUCUGUCAGUUCGACGCCGGGAACUAUUACCUCGAGCCUUUGCUCGAGUCCAUCAUCUUCAUCUAGCUCCAGUGCAGCAGCUGCUAGCCCAACCAACAUUCUCCGCGUCUUCCAACUCGACCCACCAGUCAUGGGUCCUGGGCAAGUGGUGCUAAAUGAUGGAAUUGAGAUUAUACCCACUGGAGGUUCUUCUGCGGAAGAUGGAAAGAUUUGCCAAGUGACACUUAUGGAACACGAGUUUGUGUUUUCAUUCGGGCAGCCAUUUGUUGGAAAUUAUACCCCACCGGACUGUAUGGGAUCUAGUAACACAGUCGUGAUGAACUUCACUGUUCGAAGUUUUGGUGGUCAAUUCGAUAGGUUAGCGACUAUGCACAUGGGAGAUACGGAAGUUUUCCGAACGUCAACUGCCGAGCCAAGGAGGUCUGGAAUUGUCUGGACAUAUAUGAAAGACAUGUCACAUUUUAUGUCACUGUGGAAGACGUCCCAGUUGAUCAUCUUUGACCUUCCCAAUCUGACUAAUGUGAACUUAACAGGCACUUAUAUCACAUCUCUCACAGCCACUUUCUUCUCGGCUUCGGAAUCCGUCGAUGCAGCAAAUAUUAUACUUCCCCUCUCAGCCAAGCGAGGCAUCAGUGAAUCACAACCCAGUACAUUCGUCAUACCUUCCACUACCCAAAACGCUACUGCGGUCCUCUCGGCUGGGUCAUUUCCGAGAAAUGCUAAGCGAGCAAUUGUAUCCAUCGCAGCAACAGGACAAGGCGAAGAGGAAUUCUGGUGGCAGAAUGCCUUGUCAUCAGCUAUCUCUACAUACAAUUCAUCUGGUGGUGUCUUACCCGGCAAUAGUCCGUUUCGAGAAGUUCAGCUUUGGCUAGACGGCCAGAUGGUUGGUGUUGUGUGGCCAUUUCCUGUCAUUUUCACGGGAGGAAUCGUUCCAGCCUUUUGGAGCCCCAUGGUAGGGAUACAGGCGUUCGAUCUGAGUGAAGGAGAGAUUGAUGUCACACCAUGGCUGGGAAGUCUUUGCGAUGGACAGUCUCAUACUUUUGAGAUGAAAGUGGUGGGGUUAAGUGAUGAUGCUGGGAAGACAGCUGUUUUGAGCGAAGGCGUGGCUAGCAAUUGGGUGCUGUCCGGAAAGAUAUUUAUUUGGACAGACAGUAACUCGACGGCUACGACUACGAGCGACAAGGUUCAAAUCUCAUCGUCCGAUCCAGAGAUAUCCGUAUCUCAAACCAUAAAACAAGACUCAACAGGUAGCAACGACACCCUGCUCUACAAAACCUCCGUCCGCCGCUCCCUCACCAUCACAGCCAACAUCAAAACCGCACAAUACCCCAACGGCAGAGUAGCAGUUUGGACACAAAACCUAUCCCAAACAACCGACAAUGCUCUAACCGACCAAGGGAACAACCAAGCGAACACCCACACCACAUCAGGAAAAGACUCCUUCCUCCUCGGCGCCGAAACCCCUUACACAAAAACAUACUCCUAUCCGCUUUUCCUCGAGAGCAUCUUCACCAGUUUCGCUACCGGCGCGUUCCGUGUUGAUGCUACUAUUGACCGCAGCUACCAUAGCGAGAUUUCUGGCCACGGCGCCUCGCCAUCUGGUCUCCAACCUUUCGCUAAUCUCGACGAUUCCUCCCGGCUGGUACAGACACUAGCUGGGACGACACUCUCGCAAUCGCAAAGUGGGAAUGCGACGUUGAUUUUUGCGCCGGGGAAUACUGGUGGUGUGGCGGGAAAUGGGAGUUCGACUUUUGGAACGCUGUUGGGGAGUGCCAGGUUUGGAGGGAGGAGUAGUCAUGGGGUUUUGGGAAUGGAGAGGGAUGAGGAAUUGUGGUUUAGGACGGUACGAGCUGUUAAUGGUAGUGUACGCGAGGAUGCUCAGAGGCUCAAUGGGAAGUCUGUUGGUGGGGGAUCAGGAGUCGGGAAUGCUAGACCGAGUGUUGUUGAACCGGGAAUGGUUGAUAUUGGGUCUUUAAGGGUCCUGGGGGGAAUGGUUGAUAUUGGGUCUUUAAGGGUCCUGGGGGGAAUGGUUGAUAUUGGGUCUUUAAGGGUCCUGGGAAGAAGAUCUAUAGGAAUGGGUGGCUAGAAUACCGAUACGGGUGAAUUGAUAUUCGUUGUAAGAUUAUAAAAUCUGCCACUAACCUUACCGCUGCUUUUGCGCUGGUGAAUAUAUUCGAUAACGUCCUUCCGUUGUAACACUAAUGUGGAGGAUUUUUCUGCUUGUAGAAUUCUUGCUUGUUGCGAUUCCUCGACAUAGUGGCAUCUUUGAAAAUUCUGGGCAAGUUGAUUUUUGAUUGGUCAACUUUUCAAGUGUGAUGGACUCGAUUGUAAACAAAGCCCUCCGCAAGAACGGAACUUCGC